AUGCCUAUCCAGUGGAACACUGAGCUAGAGCGCCAGCUCCUACUCUGGAUUAUCAGUGAAGGCAACCUCACUCCCAACACCGAUGUCCUGCAGAAGGUUGCCGAUCGUUUCGGGCCUGGCGUCGUGACCGCGAAGGCUCUUUCACAAAAAUUCUACAAGCUAAAGAAGGAGGCCGAGAAGCUGCUCGCCGACGGCGCAGGACCAGAUACCCCAGCCACCCCAGUCGCUAAAGGCACCAAGACCCCCGCCAGCAAGUCCACCGCAGGCAAGCGCAAGAAAGCCACCGACACCAACGGAGACGCCGAGGCUGACGAUGCUGCGGCCGCAACUCCCACCAAGACCCCCAAGAAGCGCAAGACCAAUGCCAAAGACGCCAAAGUCAAGACUGAGGAAACUGAGCCCGAGGUUGCUGCUGAGGGUGAGGCUUCCGAGGAGGUGAAGGCCGAGGAUGGUGAGAACGGUGAUGGCGAGGUCGCUGCCGAUGCAGUUACCGAGGAGGCCGCUGAGGGUGUCAACGGCGAGGAGGGUGAGAAGGUUGCUGAGAAGGCCUAG